AUGACUGAGAAGAACCCUCUUAUCGAGGCUUUGCCUCCUGCUACCGACUACCUCAGCUAUCUUACCAUCAUUGAGUACAACCUCAACCCGGAGUCCCUGCCGACACUUCAUCAAGUACUGCAAGACACCAAGUUGACCACUAACAUUGGUUGGGAUCUUGUUCACUUGCUCGUGCCUCUGCUGCCAAAUUCAGAUGAGUGCCUUCAGGAUAUCGCGCGUUUGGGAAACCCUCGUGAAGUCAUUCUGAAGGUCACCGAGUCGCUGCGCUUGAUCGACUUCCAGGGUCUGGAGCCGGACACAGAUGAUGAUGAGCCCAUCGCUGGAGAGGAGACAGUACCAGCUUACCAUCCUGCAAAGACUGCGCCUGUUGGAGAAGAUGGCAGCAAGACUACACAGGCAGUCGAGACGCCUGCGCCUUUACCCCUGCCUGUGCUGCAAUUUACCAGCUUGUUGUCCAUGCUGUCAGUCUUGCACACUCGCAUAAAGACACAGUAUCCCAGUCGCUUCUUGUCGACUUCGCUUCAAGCCAUCUUGGUGUCGUUCAACAAUGCAGCAAAGCACAAGGAAGAGUUGAUGUCAGCGAUCAUUCAGUUCGUGAAGACUGUUUCAGGAACCAAGCGCCCUAAUCUGCCUCCUCGUAAGAGCAGUACUCAGCUUCUGAGCGCAAAAGCAGUGCAAGCAUCGGCACCUGAUCCGGAGUCUGAUGCUGCUGCAAAGUCGCCAUCCGCUAGCGAGGCUGAGAUUCAGAGGCGUCUCUUCCAGUCAUUCAUCACGCAUGUCUUCGAGGACUACGUGCUAUCCCUGACUUCAGAUAGUGAUGCGCCCGGUCUAGCCUGGUGCAGCCGCUUGCAGGAGAAGUUACACCCUGAGCGCACCGUCCCUGGUAAGCCUUCCAUGACCGACAAGUUCAUCUUGGACGAGGACCUCGCUGCUCGCUUGACUGCUGUGGGUAGCUUGGUCGCUCUUGCCCGCGAUCUCGGCAUGGAACGCAAGGAUCUUCUACCCGCUAUGGAGGGCGCCAAUCCAGGCUCAUCUCUUGUCCCCGAUAGCGAAGACGAGUUCCCCAAGACCGCGAUGGAUAUUCCUCUGUCAAAGGUGGGCUCGCUAUUCAUGUUUGCUGCUGCGAAUGUGGCUACUGUACUCUACUCCACACCCAAGCCCAAAGAUGCAUUCAGCAUCUUUCCCGACCACCAAAAAGUGCUGCACAACUACAUUGCAAGUUCGUCAGACAUGGGCACAACCAUCGGCACCGAACCCGAAGCUGUGCUAGAUGCGGUGCUCGCUCUCGCCAUCCUCGCCAUCGAAGGAGACGACGUUGGCGAGCCCACAGACAGUGAAGACUUUAAUCAAUACCUGCAAUACCUCUCUCUGAUCUCUUCAAACUCGCCUUCGCCGAGUAUACGCUACCACGCCUUUUACCUCGCAACCACAAUCUUGCGCUCCAACCCUUCAGAUGUCGAGCGUCUUGCCUUUAUCAAAGACACACUCGAACACUGCCCCUUUGACAAUCUCAAAGCCGCCGCUCAAACCUCCGUCUUUGCAACUCCAGUGGCGUUGGAUACACUAGCACCCUACCUCUUCCCCGACCUCACCCACGACCUCACCACAACCUCCAUCACAGACUCCUUCGCAACAUUCCAACAAAACCUGCACUUCUACCUCGCAACCCUGAAUUUCUACUACUUGCUCUUCCGUUGA